AUGCCUAUCGGAUCUCUACCAGCAGCAAGACAACCUCUUGGUGGAAGGAGUGUCGGAAGAGAAACUACCUCUGGAGCUAGGAUGCUUAAAAUUGUAACAGAAUCAUCCUCAUCAAGAAUAGGGUCAGGUCUUUCACCAUUUGGACAAAAUGCAGCAUCAACAAUAAGAGAUUCACGUGAACGUGAAAAAAAAGAAAUGUCUGAUUUGAAUGAUAAAUUGGCUGAUUACAUAGAAAAGGUACGUUUUCUUGAAGCACAAAAUCGUAAGUUGGCUGCUGAUCUUGAAGCAUUAAGAGGAAAAUGGGGAAAAGAUACACAUAAUAUUAAAAAUAUGUAUGAAGGAGAGUUACGUGAUGCUAAGAAACUUGUUAAAGAUACAGAUGCACAAAGAGAAGAACUUGAAAAAAAUAUUAGAAAAAUGAUUGAUGAAUUAAAUGAGUUAAAAGAAAAAUAUAAUGAUGCAUUAAAAGGAAGAGAAAGUGAUAAAGUUACUAUUGAUAAUCUUUUAAAACAAUUAGCUGAUAUUGAAGCUGAAGUAAGUUAUCUUAAAAGAAAAAUAUCAGAUCUUGAAGAAGAAGUUUCAUUUAUUAAAAAAGAUAAUCAAAAUUUGUUACAUGAAUUACAAAGAACAAGAACUGAUUUAGAUCAAGAAACUUUAAAUAGAAUUGAUUAUCAAAAUCAAGUACAAACAUUAUUAGAAGAAAUUGAAUUUCUUAGACGUGUUCAUGAUCAAGAGAUUAAAGAACUUCAAACUCUUGCUGCACGUGACACAACUCCUGAAAAUAGAGAAUUCUUUAAAAAUGAACUUUCUGCUGCUAUUAGAGAUAUCCGUACAGAGUAUGAUCAAAUAUAUAAUCAUAACAGAACCGAUAUGGAAAGUUGGUAUAGAUUGAAAGUACAAGAAAUUCAAACACAAUCAGCAAGACAAAAUAUUGAACAAGGAUAUGCUAAAGAAGAAGUUAAAAGAUUAAGAACACAAUUAACUGAUUUAAGAGGUAAACUUGCUGAUCUCGAAGCCAGAAAUAGUUUAUUAGAAAAACAAAUUCAAGAACUUAACUUCCAACUUGAAGAUGACCAAAGAAGUUACGAAGCAGCCCUUAAUGAAAAAGAUGCUCAAAUAAGAAAGAUGCGUGAGGAGUGUCAAGCAUUAAUGGUUGAAUUACAAAUGCUUCUUGAUACCAAACAAACUCUUGAUGCUGAAAUAGCUAUAUAUAGAAAGAUGUUGGAAGGUGAAGAAAAUAGAGCUGGAUUAAGGCAAUUAGUUGAACAGGUUGUCAAAACACAUGGAAUAACUCAACAAGAAGAUACAGAAACAUUAAGAGUUAUCAAAGGGGAAACAGCAUCUAGAAGUUCUUUCCAAAGAUCAGCUAAAGGUAAUGUUUCUAUUCAAGAAUGUUCACCAGAUGGUAAAUUUAUAAUCAUUCAAAAUACUCAUAGAGCUAAAGAUGAACCAAUUGGUGAAUGGAAAUUGAAGAGAAAAAUUGAUGGUAAAAAAGAGAUAGUUUACACGUUUCCUAAAGACUUUAUAUUGAAAGGUGGUAAAACAGUAAAGAUAUUUGCUCGUAAUCAAGGUAUCUCAUCACCACCAUCACAACUUGUCUUCGAUGGUGAAGAUUCAUUUGGUACUGGUUCAAAUAUUCAAACCAUUCUUUAUAACAAAGAUGCUGAAGAAAGAGCUACCCACAUCCAAAGAAGUAGUAGUAAUUAA